AUGUCACACCCACUGCCCGCAAAGAACGGUGCCUACAUAGAAGAUUUCGUUAUAGAAACCAAAAUUGAUGACUGUUUAUGCAAAGCCCACGCACUUCGUGCUGAAAAGCGCCAGAUUCGGGGAGAACUCGUCGAGCUGGUGGCGUUAGCCAAGCGGCUGGCUAUAGAUUCCGUUAAGGAAGCGGAACAAGAAGUUGUACUAGCAGCUCGACAAGAAGCUGCCUUUCACGAAGUUGUAAGAAAGCACCGUGAAACAUUGCCCAAGACAAAAGAAAAUGAAGAUUCUAGUCUGGUGGUCACUGAACAUUUUCCCUUGAUGGAACAAGCUAAUCCGCCAUCAAGUUCGGAGUCUUCUUCUCAAGAGCUUACUCGACAAACCUCCAUCGUCUCUCCCGAGCACAACGUUGACUCUGAUCCCACAAGAAUCACCGAACUGCAUUAUAUAGAGCAACGCCCCGAAAAAGAGGACAAGAUGCUCCGGGAGCUUGGGAAUCUAAAGCAAAUCAUAGGCAGCUGGGCACAUUUAUGUGCUACCUAUAACCAGGACCGGAAACCUGACCAUGAGAUACCCAUACAGGGCCACUAUGUAGGAAAGCCGCGAAGUAGACGGAGCUUGGAGUGGACAAAAGGAGGCUAUAUCAUUCCAGAAAAGGAAGCAAGAAUGGAGAAAAUUGAGACCAACACUCGUCGCCAAAGGAAGUCAAAGAUAAAUUACCAACAAUUUAAAGAUACUGCGACCCAUAUCGCGACAGUCGAAAUGCCUCAAAUUGAAGCGGAGGCCCGAGAAUCAGCUCGUGGCGACCAGGAAAGAAUGCAGAGAUCUAAGCGCCAGCAGCGGGAAAGAAGACAAAGAAGAGGAGUCGAAAAGCUGAGUAUUUUAGUAUCAAACGCACUUCAAACCGGCGAGCCACCCAAAAGCCAGCGACUUAGAAAAAAGCACCCUAAUCCACAACGUAAAUAA